UACAUCAUGGCUACACACAACACUGUCACUCUCGCCGCAUUUAACGCCAUGACUAAAAUAUGCUGGGAAAAUAUAGUUUUGCAAGGACAGAUAGCGAUGUUAAUUAGUAUUUGCUUGAUGUAACUAUUAUCUAUAUACAGUGUAGUGCACAGUGCUCUUGCAUGAGCAAGGAAGUACCAAAGAAGUUCUCUUGCAUUUUUCACAGUGGUGUUACAUAUAUAUUAUUAGGUGUAUGGAUCUAUUGUUUUGAUGGACACAGCAUAAAUCGUCGCAUAGAAAAAACAUACGAAGUUGAUAAUCCAGUAAAAUGGAGAUGGAUGAAUGUUCGGUUGGUGGGGAUAGCGCAGCUGAAGAAGAUGAAGAUGAAGCUUCAACUCAUGGUUCUAGGAGUAAUAGUAGCAGUAGUAGUAUAAGUGGCAGUAGUACAACAACAGACAGUGAUGAAGACAGUGCAGAAGAGCAUGCUACAAGCAGUAGUGAGAGUCACAGUUCUGGAGAGGAAGAUGAAGAUGAUAAUGAAAAUACAGAAUAUAUAGUAAAUGCAGAAAACCCUGAUACUUUGAGAUGGGAAACUUGUAUUGCUGCCAACACUAAAGUAAAGUUACCACAAGAUCUUUGCGAACAUUUCAGUAUCUUUAAGGAAAUGCUAGAUUACCCGCGCUUAUGGAAUGAAUGCCUUACUGAGAGUCAAAGAGACAUAUUAUAUAAUCUUUUACCAACUUUUCCAAAAGAUUGCAAUAUAGAGGCAGAAAUGAAUAAAUCACUUCAGAUGCUGUUUAAUAGAGAAAACGACAGAUUUGGCAUAUCGGCGCUGGAUAUAUUUCACAAUCACCUCUCUGCUGGUCAUUAUCGUCCAGAUAUUAGAAAAAUGCGCACCUUGAUGCGUAAGGCUCAGAAGAGGAGAUUACUAUUCGAGGCACGUAAACGGUCCUAUGAAUUAGCAAGUCAGCUGCUGAAAUCGCGCGAGAGUUUAUUGUCGAACGCGUACAAGCAGGGCUUUAGUCAACCGGCGAGUCGUACAGUGUCCAAGCUUCAUUGGCGCAAACCAAAGCCAGUAAUGGUUGAAGAGAAGACCCAGCUGCGUUAUAUGGAGGAACUGAACGCAGUUCGAGCAGAACUUGGGGCCAACACGAGGCUGGCUGCUGACACAACGUCCGAAAACGAAGAGAAUUAUCCGCAUUAUCCAACGUCCGGGGCUAAGCAAAAGCGGAAACGGCGUUCUAUUAUGAAUUUCCAAGGAUUGUCAGUGAGAGGUCUACAACUCGAUGACGAAACGAUCCGGCCUGUGUUCUCCACCUUGCAACGUAUGGAAUAUGCCCCUAGCAAGUCGUUACUUUUACGUGAACAGACAGAAGAGACUUAUCGUGCCAUGUUAAUCGCACAUAAGAAACGACGGGCUCGUCGCGACGUUCAUCCGGAAUUGAAUACCCAAGGAAUUGCGCUUUCUGACCUCACGCAACGAUCACAAGUCGGCCAGAAGAGAUUCUCAAUGGGCGCUUCCAUGAGGAUUACACCAGCCAAAAAGCGAAUCAAAGCAGAACAGAACCUGCUACCGGCACCGAAGUCGAUGAAUUCGAAUUCGGUGAAACAUGAGAGCGACAACAGCGACUACUCUCACACGACUGAUGACAACAGACAAUCCAACAUGAUAGACAUGGAUUACAACAGAAUAGCGACUCCUGUAAAGACAGAACCGGUCGACACAUAUGAAGCGCAUCACUUAGCUAAGAAGAAAAUGAGUCCAGUAACUCCAAAGUGCAACAAACCGAUAGUCAUGAACACACCAGAGAUCAAGAAAGAAAUCGAAGAUAUAGACUACGACGAGGUGAAAACAGAAUUGAGCUCAGGCAUAAACGAGGACAUGUUAGCCGAGACCGAAGAGGAAGAUGAGAACGAAACCAAGAAGGAGCUCGACUUGGACAGCAUCGAUAUGAUGCAGAUACCGAUCCAACUGGACGACGGGAUCGAUAUACUCGACGACGUCAAGUGUGAGGACGACGCCGUCAUCUCAAUACCAGAAAAAGAACUGACCGUACCAUCCAGUGAGAUCACUCCGGACGUGAAUAACGGCGCGGAAUUGAUACAAGAAAUGCACGCGUGCUUCUUCUCCUUGCUGCGAGACGCCUUCACUUCCAAAGGGGAGUACCGAAUGAGCACGGUGGAGAUGAAAGAAGCGAUCACACAGUGGCAAAGCAAUCCUAUCUCUCCGUUGAACGACUGGUAUCCUCUGGCACCUUCGUGGCCCGCGUUGGUGCCGCUGGCUCUGGGAUUUCUCGCCGGUGAAUUAACGUAUUCCCAAGAGCUUGACCAACGGCAAGAACGAGAGCAGGAGCUUGUGCCCUACUUAGAGAACAAAGGUCGCGGCGUGUACGCGUGGAUCGGCGCAGGUCGCGACUCCGACACUCGAUUGUCAGACCUGUGCGAGAAGUUCCUCAUGUACAAAGACUCGUUGAGCCCGCCUCACGCUUCGAUCACGAACACAGUGGCAGCCCCGAAACCGCAGGCCCAGCUCGCCCCUGCGAACAAUAGCGCGACGACCAACAACGCGAUCGCAAUCGGCAGCUCGAGUGGUAGAAGCACAAGUCCUGCGUUGGAAACCACCACCGUAGACACCGGUACCGUCGGUACUGUCGCGGAAUGGGAGCCACCUCGAGCGUUGUUCCCCACAGAAUGGAAGGUUCGUCCGUCCACGGCGGAGGAGCGCGAGGAAUUCCGCAGGCAAGAGCGUAUGCGCUACGCGGCGCCCCACAAGGCGUUCACCUACCGCAUGCACGGCUACGCGUCCGUAGUCGGCCCGGUCAAGGGAAUCUACCAACACAAUGUCGGUUCCGGACCGACCAAACCACGAGGUCACUCGCUACUGGUAGCGGACCGGCCGAACUUCGUUACGAUCUUGGCGCUGGUCAGAGACGCCACCGCCCGACUACCCAACGGUGAAGGAACUCGCGCCGAUAUUUGUCAGUUACUCAAGGACUCUCAGUAUAUCAGGGAGCAAGGGGACAAUGACGAUAAGGAGGGCUAUCUUCAUUCCGUGGUGUCAGGGGCUCUGGACAGAUUACAUUAUGAAGCGGACCCUUGCGUGAGAUAUUACCCACGUCGUAAGGAAUGGCUGUAUCUUCAUCGAGCACGCUCGGAAUCUGAAUUCGAAAUGUAUCACCAGCAAUUGCAAGGCGUCGCGAAGAACAAGAAAAACGUCGGCAGCGCGUCGCGCAACAAGUCGCUGCAGCCAAUUCUUAAGUCGGCUAACAUGAACAAGGAGCAGUCUAUGAACGUUAAAGAGACCACCGCUAAGAAAGAAAGACGAACGGCGAUGCAGACUGCGCAGACUGUCACGUCCAAGAAAGAGCAGCGUAAAGCUGAAGAGAAGAUCAUCAACGAGCAUCCCGUUUCCACCGAACAGUCUGUUAAUACCAACGUGGAAGUGGCGGUUAGCGCGGUGUCCACACCAGCUAUUUCCAUCGUCGACUCUCCUGUCCCCGUUGUGUCGCUUUCGAGCUCUUCAGGUUCGGUCACCAGCGUGGCUGUCGAGCGAGAUAACGUUAUGCCGGUCGAGACGAAGUCGCAACUUGCUCCGAUAACGACAGUGAAAAAGGCUUCGAACAUAGGAGGGAAACCGGUCACCGUAGUCAAAACGAACGCCACUCAGAGUUUGUUGCAGUCAAAUCAGCACAAUUUCCCGCAUCAUCAGAUUCAAGUAUCUACUUCAGCCGGCUUGCAGACCAUUCGUUUAUCUGGGCACUCGGUGUUGCAAUCUGCGCAACCUGUUCCAACCAAUAGCGGCAGCAGUGUUGCUUCCAGUGUGGCGAACGGGACGGGGAACUUAACAACCAUACUGCCGUCUACAAAGGUGCAACAGCAGCAACAGCAACAACAGCAACAGCAGCAGCAGCAGCAGCAAGCUAUUGUUGCGAAUCAAGCGGGGAAAAGUAUUUUGCAGACUACCAACAUAAAACAGCAGCAAGCGCAACAACAGCACGUUUUGCCGGGCAAAACUCUCUUGGCAUCGCAGAUCAAAUUAGUUAGUUCCAGCCAAAUCAAGUCAUUGCUUACGGGUCACGGUCUGCAAGGCCAAACCAUAUUCAUCAAACAGUCCUCACCAUCUGGCAAUCAGUCGCAGCAAUUACAGCAGCAACAGCAGCAGCAGCAACAACAGCAACAACAACAAUUAAAGCAGCAGCAGCAGCAACAACAGCUGCAACAACAGCAGCAACUACAGCAACGAGUUGUGGCUAAUCAACAACAACCUAUACAGACCUCCGGAAUGCAGCGCAUCAUCGCGCAGAUUGGGGGAAAGCCAAUUGCCGUACAAAUACAGCAGUCACCCCAUCAGCAGCAGCAGCAGAAGAUUCUGGCGAAGGUCUUGACGAACAGCAGCGGAGGACAAAUCAUAUCCGUCGAGAGCCUGCUCGCUCAAAAGGGACUAAAGCUGGCUACCACAACCGGUCACGCUAAUCAACUCAACAGACAGGGCAAGCAAGUGAUACAAGCUCAGUAUCAGGUGGUGCCGCAACAGCAAGCGUCUUCCGGCCAAUCGAAGAUAAUAGUCAGCACGCAACAUCAGCAAUCUCAGUCGCAGCAAGCGCAAACUGUUCGCAUGGUCACCGCUCAGCUUGCGGGGAAGCCAAUCGUAUUGGCGAGCGGUAACAAGAAUGUCGGGGUCGCGGUAAGCGCCAGCGGCGGAAAUGUGGUGUUGGGCAAACAACCGACAUCUACCCAGCAACAGCAGCAGCAGCAGCAACAGCAGCAGCAGCAGCAGCAGCCACAGCAGCAGCAACAAACGCAACAACCGAUCAUCUUGCCGAGCCAAUUGCUCAAUAUCAAAACGUUGCAUGGACUCAAGGUGAUACCGACUCCAUCCGGGUUGAAAACUGCCGGAGGUGCCGUGUACGCUCGCGUGAUCACUCCGACGACAAUAGCUUCCACGACGCAGUCUCCGGUGAAUCAGCAGCAAACCCUUCAGGCGCAAUCGCCGAGGAACACUUCAUACGGUACACCUUGACAGGAUUGAUGUUCUUUACGUAUGUUUAUGCUUAAUCCGCUUAGCGUCGUUUCUUUCACUGUUUGUACAUUGCGCGUCCUUUAAAUUGAAAGUUACAUGAUGAGAUCUCGAUGGCGUGUAUUUCAGUAAGGAUCAUAUCGAGUGAUUACACAUCGCACUUCAUUAAUUCGAUAGCUGCCCUAUGUAGUAGUCAUGACAGAUUGAAAUAGGCAACAUUAUUAAAGAAACACAUAACGAAAAUAGUGAAAUUUUAGCGAUUCUCGACGUCUUACGAUACGAUUACGUCAGCGAUCUUGGAUUAUGAGGCCCGUCGGAAAUAACGAGAUUCGCGCGGAUGAUUCGUACGGCUCAUGUACAGAUAAAUCAUUUUUCUAGAAAUUCGUACACGAUACGUUAUGAUGAGCUCGUAAAAAGAUCUCGCUUCUGACGUUCAUCGUCCAACAUACUUGACGAAGCUAUCGUGGAUUCUUAUCGUCUACCAAGUGAAAAAUAAAUCGAAUAAAGCUGGAAUAUCGAUUUAUUUACAAAAUAUAUCGUAUAUUAUUAAAUUUAUUUUACCAUGUAUCGAGAAAUUGUGAAGCGUAAAGUUAGCAUAUAAAUAAACUUGCAUAUAUUCAAUUUA